AUGUCCAAAGAUCAGAAAGACCAAAAGUUUCAAGUCGAUGUCGUUGCUGACGCUUCUGAUACUGAGUCUUUGAAUUCAAAAUACUCUAAACAAGAUAUAGAGGAUGCCAACGGAAUUUUCCACCACGAGAACCGGUUAAGUUCAAAAUUGAAUGCCAGAUUAAUCGGUAUGAUUGCCUUGGUUGGAGUGUUUGGCACUGGAUUAUUUCUUUCCAGUGGUGGUACAUUGCAUACUACCGGCCCGGUAGGUAUGCUUCUUGGUUACAUUCUAGUUGGUAGUGUUGUUGGGGCGUCUCAGGUUGCAUCGACUGAAGUUGCAUGUUUGUACCCAGCCACGUCAUCAUAUGUGGCCCAUGCCGAGCACUUUGUCGAUAAAGCCCUUGGAUUUGCCAUAGGCAUAGUCAGCACAUAUUCAGCAAUAGUGCCUGGCGAGUUAGCAGCCGUAUCCGUUAUCGUCACCUACUGGACAGAUAUCAACCCUGCGUUGUGGAUAUCCAUCUUCGGGAUUGUCAUCAUAGCCACAAAUUGCUACAACGUCAAAUGGUAUGGCGAGAUUGAAUUCUUUUUCGGGGUAUUGAAGCUCUUGUUGUGCGCUGGAUUAAUAUUAACUGGGUUGAUCAUCGACUUGGGCGGUGUACCAGGCCAAGAGAGGUUGGGCUUCCAUUAUUGGAAGACACCUGGACCAUUUGCUGCCAAAUAUGCUACUGGAUCCUUGGGUAAGUUUUUGGGCUUCUGGAAAGCUGUUAAUUCCAUCGUUUACGCUUUCGGUGGUGUGCAGUCUAUUGCGAUGUUAGCUGGUGAAACCAAAUACCCAAGAAGGGCAAUACAUCGUGCUGCAAAGAGGGUGUUUUUCAGAGUGUUAAUUAUCUACCUCGUGAUGGUGUUUAUAUUGUCGUUGAUUGUGCCGUUUGAUGACCCUGUUAUUGCCAAGCCUAGUGGUACUGCUUCGGGGUCGCCAUGGGUUAGGGCAAUCUCGUUGGCGGGUAUAAAGGUGUUGCCGCAUAUUAUAAAUGCUAUCGUCCUAACAUCGGCAUUGUCUGCGGCAAACUUGGGGAUCAUAAAGGGGAGCAGAACGAUUUAUGCCCUUGCUAUAAAGGAACAAUUACCAAAGGUGUUCUUAAAAGUGAACAAGAAUGGUUUACCCUACGUUGCUGUUAUAUUUUGUUCGUCCUUUUUACCCUUAGCAUAUUUAACGGUGAGUAAUACUUCGGCAAACGUAUUUAGUUGGUUUCAAAGUAUUACCUCUUCCGUUUUGUUAUGUGACUGGAUUGUGAUUUCGGUGAACUACAUUGCCAUGUUGAGAGCUUUGAAAGCACAGGGCUACUCCAGGAAGGACUUGCCUUACACCUUUGCCGUCGGCGCGUAUUCCGGCUACUAUUCGUUGUUCUUUUCGACUUUGUUCUUACUAACUGGAGGCUUUCCUGUUUUCAUUCACGGCUAUUGGGAUUUUGCCCAGUUCUUCAGUGCCUACUUUGUCAUCCCAUUGGCUUUGGUGGUUUUUGUUUUCGGCAAACUAUAUUUCAAGACCAAGUUGUUGACACCGACUGAGGUUAAGUUGAAGCCGUUGUUUUACGACGUUGAGAGUAGACCCGAGCCUGCAUUUGCGAAGUUAAAGGGAUGGGACUGGGUCGCUUUGUUAUGGGGUUGA